UGAAUUGUUCCUGCAGAUCACAUGACAGCCUGGGAACCUCCUGUCUCUAAUCACAGAGUUUGCUCUCACCGUUAUUACUGUUAGGAGAAGAUGGCGGAAGAGAGGGAACCCCCACCGUUGGCAGAUGCACGACAGGCAGACUUUAUAGAAGUGGAGGACGGAGAAGACCUUUUUGCAAGCGCCGUCACUACAAUAGAGCAGUUCAGCCCCACAUCUCCAGAGCCAGCCAGCUUGCCUGCAGAAGACAUCAGCACAAACACCAAUGGACCUAAACAAGAAAUAUUAUUAGAUGAUGACCAAGAGGACCUCUUUCCUGAAGCAACCGAGGAGGUGUCACUGGACAGUCCAGAGAGGGAGCCCAUCCUGUCCGAUGGCCCAUCUCCUGCCAUCACACCAGUCACUCCCACAGGCAUCAUCACUCCAACAGUCGAAGCCUUUGGAUCUCUUGAUGAGGAUGAAGAAGCUGAAGAGAAAGGGGACACCUUUGAUAUGCAGAUAACAGUAUCUGAUCCAGAGAAAGUGGGUGAUGGAAUGAAUGCUUAUAUGGCAUACAAGGUGACGACCAAGACAUCCCUGAACCUUUUCAGCAGAAAUGAGUUUUCUGUGAAAAGGAGAUUCAGUGAUUUCCUUGGUCUGCAUAGCAAAUUGGCUUCUAAGUACAUGCACGUUGGCUACAUAGUCCCUCCGGCACCAGAGAAAAGCAUUGUGGGAAUGACAAAAGUCAAGGUUGGAAAAGAAGACUUGUCAUCUGCAGAAUUUGUAGAGAAAAGAAGAGCUGCUUUGGAAAGAUAUUUGAUGAGAACAGUGAAUCAUCCUGCUCUGCUGAAAGACCCUGAUGUCAUUCAGUUCUUGGAAAACACAGAGCUGCCGCGAGCAGUUAGCACCCAGGCACUGAGUGGGGCCGGAAUAUUGAGGAUGGUAAACAAAGCGGCCGACGCUGUCAACAAAAUGACAAUCAAGAUGAAUGAAUCGGAUGCGUGGUUCGAAGAGAAACAACAGCAGUUUGAGAACCUUGACAUCCAGCUCAGAAAACUACAUGCCAGUGUGGAAUCAUUGGUUUGUCAUAGGAAAGAGUUAUCAGUGAACACUGCAUCGUUUGCGAAGAGUGCCGCCAUGCUGGGAAAUUCGGAGGACCACACAGCUUUGUCAAGAGCCCUCUCCCAGCUCGCUGAGGUGGAGGAGAAGAUUGAUCAGCUGCAUCAAGAACAGGCCUAUGCUGACUUCUAUGUGUUCUCUGAGCUACUUGGUGACUACGUUCGGCUCAUCACUGCUGUUAAGGGUGUGUUUGACCAGCGCAUGAAAACAUGGUCCAAAUGGCAGGAUGCUCAGCUCAUGCUUCAACGGAAGAGAGAAGCUGAAGCUAAGCUACAGUAUGCCAACAAGCCUGACAAGCUCCAGCAGGCCAAGGAUGAGAUCAACGAGUGGGAAGCUAAAGUACAGCAGGGAGAGAGAGAUUUCGAGCAGAUAUCAAAGAACAUUCGCCGGGAAGUGGGGAGAUUUGAGAAACAAAGAGUGAAGGACUUCAAAGUUGUCAUCAUUAAAUAUCUAGAAUCGCUAGUACAUACACAGCAGCAGCUGAUAAAGUAUUGGGAAGCUUUCUUACCUGAAGCCAAAGCUAUAGCAUGAGCGAACAAACUCCUGUGCAAUAGCAUUGGGGCCAAUUGCUCUUCUUUUCUUAAUUUUUAUGUACAACAUAAUCAUUCAAAACGGAUGCAUGGACUUAAUGACCACUUAAAAACCACUAUAAUAAAACACUAUAAAUCUUUUAAUUGCUAAGUCCAUACUUUGCCUUUUUUGUCUUAAGAUGAUCAUAUGUGUUUCAUUUGUUCUUAAAGGAGAUAUGUGGGCAGUGGUAUUGCAUUUACUGCUUAUUGAUACACUACUGGUCUGUCUUUAAAUAUCCAAGCACUAUAGUUGAAAUCCAUCAUAAUUGUCUUUCGCCAAGGGCAAUGUGUUUUUUUAAACACUACAUUCAUAUCCAGUGAACAAAUUCAGCAUACAUCAUUUUAUUAAGAUAUUUCUUAUUUGAUCCUGUACACAAAGUACAGCACUAUACACGCACCGUCCACUUUUAUAGGAACCCCUGCACAUUUAUGGAAUUAUCCAAUCAGCCAAUCAUGUGGCAGCAGCACAAUGCAUAAAAUCAUGCAGAUACAGGUCAAGAGCUUCAGUUAAUAUUCACAUCAAACAUCAGAAUGGGGGGGAAAAAGUGAUCUUUGUGACUUUAACCAUAGAAUGGUUGUUGGUGUCAGAUGGGCUGGUUUGAGUAUUUCAGAAACUGCUGAACUCCUGGGAUUGUCGAUGUUUUGUGCAUGCUGUGAUGCUUUUCUGCUCACCACAGUUGUAAAGAGUGAUCAUAUGAGUUACUGUGUCCUUCCUGGCAGCUCGAACCUAUCUGGCCAUUUUCCUCUGACCUCUCUUAUCAACAAGGCGUUUCCACCCACAGAACUGUGGCUCACUCCGUGUUUUUUGUUUUUCGCACCAUUCUGUGUAAACUCUAGCGACUGUUGUGUGUGAAAAUCCCAGGAGAUCAGCAGGUUAUGAAAUACUCAAACCAGCCCAUCUGGCACCAGCAACCAUGCAAUGAUUAACAUCACAGAGAUCACACUUUUUCCCCCAUUCUGAUGUUUGAUGUGAACAUUAACUGAAGCUCUUGACCUGCAUCUGCAUGAUUUUAUGCAUUGUGCUGCUGCCACAUGAUUGGCUGAAUGGAUAACUGCGUAAAUGAGCAGGUGUUGCUAUUAAAGUGGGCAGUGAGUGUAAUACUUAGUACACAGUGUGCUGCUUCCUGCUAUAUACACGUAUAUAUUUUUAUUUGGCUUCUUGGCCUGAAAUAUUUAAAAUUACAAAUAUUAGUUGAUUCUUUUGUUUUACAGCAGAUUUUCAGAUUUUUUUCUAAUUUGUAUUUUUUUUUUUUUUUUUUUUUUUUACAUUACAUUCCUGUGAAACAAUGCCGACAUGCUAAUAAAGGAAUGUACUUCAGUAUUAAACAGGCGUAUUCUUCUUU